AUGGUUGUUCUGUCUUCUCCUGUCCACUACAUUGUCUCCACGCCGCCCGUCACGCGUGCCUGGACUGCUGGGACUGUGUUUUUAUCACUGCUGUACUUCUGGAUUCGCUACGGUCGCGGUGGGACCACUCCUUACCUCACCCUGAUACCUGGUCAAAGUCUUUUCUAUCCAUGGACCCUCGUGACAUCUGGCCUAGUGGAAACAACCGUCAUAGAGCUGCUAGUAACGAUACUCGUCAUACCACCUUCUCUGCGAUACUUAGAGAGAUUGUGGGGAGCAAUUGAAACCGCCAAAUUUAUCGUCGUCACACUUGCCAUAUCGAAUGUGAUUGCCCUUGCAUUCAACUGGAUCGAAUAUAUUGUCCUUCGGAGCCCCACAUUUUUGUUCGGGAUGGAAUAUCAUGGUCAAAUGGCGCUCCAAACCGGAAUACUUGUGGCAUUCACGCAACUCAUUCCUGAGCAUCAGGUUCAGGUGUUUGGCAUCCUCAAAGCGCGGGUCAAGGCACUUCCCAUGGCCUAUCUUACGUUCUCAACAGUUAUGGGUUUAGUGGGCUUUCAAUGUCCAUUCAUCAUCAUACAAUUCGCGUGGCUUGUAUCCUGGAUUUACCUCCGGUUCUACAAGAAGAACACGGGGGACACCGUAGACGGAGGGCCUGUUUAUGGUGAUCGAAGCGAGACCUUUGCGUUCAUCCAAUGGUUUCCGCCCUUCGUCCAUGCCCCGAUCUCUGUCCUCUCUAAUACAGCCCACCAUCUUGCCAACCGCUUCCAUCUAAUCCCGGGCGCCACCUUGGACGUUGAAGCUGGUGCAUAUGCCCAGCUUCCGGGCGGUGCCAGGGCAGAAGCGGAGCGAAGAAGGGCAAUGGCCUUGAAAGCGCUUGAUCAACGACUCGCAAACUCACAUCAAGCUGCUCAACCCGUCGUGCCUGCUUCCUCGUCCUCUGAUGCGGCGAAUCCGCAAGAAAGUAGCGAGAACGGGUCUAUUCAAAAGGUAUAAGCAUGAUGUGUUGAGGAUUGAAUUAUCGAUGGUCCAGUAUACGGUACUUAUACUUUCGAUAUAAUGUGCGAAUCGUCGCGACGUCGGAUAACCUUAACCC